CCCCAACGCCCAUCUUCGUCCGCCGCCGCUGCUUGUGCAGCGCCCGCCUUGUACACUUUUUCUCUCUCGCUCCGAUCCGUCACCGCCCUUCGUUUAGUUCUUCUUCGUCUCUUCGCCCGCCAUGCCGGCGAAUUACGACUCCAUCCACAGCGGUGGUCAAGGCGCUUCGCCCUAUGGCUCCGGAGACCCCUACUACAACGAAUCGACCGGCUAUAUCACCCCCCACAACGCCCCCAGCAAGAAGGGCACCAGCAAAUGGGUCAAGAUUGGCAUACCCGUCGCCGUCAUCAUCAUUGUCGCCGCCGUCCUCGGUGGUGUUCUCGGCAGUCGUGCGUCCAACAAGGACAGCGAAGCCGCCAGCAGCGAUAGCUCCGCCGCUGCGAGCGCCGCCGUCUCUGCGAAGAACGAUGUCGGCAUCUUCGCUACUGCGACGAACAGCGAGUACAUGAUGCCGGUGUACCCAUCGACGACCAAUGACGCCGCCUUCACCACUCCCACCUUCCAGGCGUCCAGCAAGUUGAAAUGGCCGGAGGACUCCUGGAAGCCUUCCAGCCCCUCUGUCACUACCGUCCGCGAUGAUCGCCCGCGCCUCAUCGCCCCCAAGUACAUGAUCGAUGCGCUCCCGGAUCUCAUUCAGCAGGAUGUAUAUCUGAAGUCUUGGAACGAUACCAUCUUCGGGAAUGCCUCGGACUACUAUGACGCCCCACCCGUCAAGUACUACCUCGACGGUGACAGCGGUGCGCUCGAUGUUAACCGUGAGGUGAAGAUGAGGGUUAAGGCCUUUGCCUACGCCUACCACAUGUCUGGCGACAGCAAGUGGGUUGACCGCACCUAUUCUGAGCUGGAGAACGCCGCAUCCGACACCUGGGGUGAGGGCAACAACUCCAGCAAGUGGAAUCCCUCCCAUUUCCUCGACACGGCCGAGAUGUCCGCCGCCUUCGGUAUCGCUUACGACUGGAUGUACGACAUGUGGACGGACGACCAGAAGUCUCAGAUCCGGGACUGGUUGAUCACGUACGGGCUGCAGCCUGGUCUGGACACGUACACGGACUCAAGCAACUACUACGGCUGGUGGCAGAAGAACACGGAGGGCAACUGGAACUGUGUCUGUAACGGUGGUCUUACGCUUGGUUCCCUCGCCAUCCUUGGUGAUGACACUACUGGUACCGCCGAGGCCCUGCUCGGUCACACGGUCGACAACGCCAAACAGAACUGCGUGAACGCCCCCUCCAGCGAUGGCACAUGGGCGGAGACCGCCAACUAUUGGUACUUCGGUAACACCGGCCACGCCGAGAUGACCGCUGCCCUCAUCUCCGCCACGGGUGAUGACUACGGUAUGCUCGACACGAACCCCGACUACUACAAGACCGGUCUCUUCCACAUGUACGUGACCGGUGCCACGUCGCUGUUCAACUACGGCGAUCACGGUCCGAACAAGUUCACGGCGACCGCGAAUGCCCUGCACUUCUACGCUCAGAAGUACCAGCAACCCGUCUACUCCCUCUUCCAGCGCGACCAGCACGAUACGGCCGAGCCGUGGAGCAUGUUCUGGUAUGACCCGAGCAUCUCGGGUGCGUUCUGGAACGACCUUGCGCUCGACAUGUUCUUCGACAACGAGCUGGAUCAGUGGGCGUCGAUGCGCAGCAGCUGGACGGAUUCCAAUGCGCUGUAUGUCGCCAUGAAGGCCGGCAAGAACCAGGGUCACCAGACGCACAACGACCUUGACGUCGGUGACUUCGUCGUCGAUGCAUUGGGCACGCGCUGGUUCGGCGAGCUCGGGUCCGGCGACUACCUGUCUCCGAACUACUUCUCCAACGACGAGCAGGAUAGCGACCGCUGGAAGUACUACCGCAAGAUGACGGAGGGUCAGAACACCAUGCUCAUUGGUGCCGCGAACCAGCUUGUCACCGCUUCGCCGACCAUCAAGUACGACACGUCCGGCACGAAGCAGGGUUCCAGCACCGUCCUCGAGCUCGACGACGACUCAACGGCGUACUUCACCAUGGACAUGACCUCGGCUUACAACGACGUGACGACGAUGAAGCGCGGUAUCCGCCUCUUGAACAAGCGUCGCCAGGUGCUUAUCCGUGAUGAGAUUGAUGCCUCUGGCUCCGUCAUGUGGAGGGCGCACACGAACGCCACCGUCAAUAUCGACAGCGAUGGCACGUCCGCGACCUUGGAGCUCGACGGAAAGACGAUGAAGAUCUCUAUGCUCAACCCGCCAUCCGGUGCGAAGUUCACGACGAUGGAGGCCAAGCGUCUCGACUCGGACCCGACCCCUCCUGCUCCCGACCAGGAGAACCCGGGUGUCACUGUGCUUUGCGUCGAGCUUGACGCCGGUCAGUACACGCUGGAGAUGCUCAUGAACCCGCAGUGGGACGGGAUGUCGGAUAGUGACUUUGUGACGCCGAGUAGCGUGAACUUGGACGACUGGUCUCUAGACAGUCACAAGUAACCCCCACAUACCUACUAUAGUACUACUGGCGCAGGGCUGACACUUUGACUGUGACCCCACGGACUAUUCUUGUUUCUUACGACUAGUAGUACUCUAUUCACGUUUACAACCUGGAUUUGCGCGCCUGUAGUGUCUGUACAACUAUACGAGCCGCUCGACACCGGCAGAAUGGGUCUUGGCCCGAACUUGGCUGCUGCGCGCCCGCCCUGCUCCAGGGGAUGUUGAUUGAUGGCAGCGAGAAUGAAUUUGGAAAAGAGGGUGGCAGCUCGGCAUCAUCAUCCGCAGGUUUUCCUCGUCGCCGUCUCCUCUGCCGCUUAGAUUUCCCCGUCGGCGCCUCUUCUGGACGCAUAAA